UUCGUGGAGUUCUUCAGACAAGCGUCGCCGUACAUCGCGCUGCAUCGAGGCUCGACGUUUGUGGUUUUGAUUCCCGGCGACGUCUCGGCGUCGACGGCGAAGAUGAAUUCCGUCGUGCGUGAUGUGAGCCUGCUGCACGACCUCGGCGUGCGUAUCGUGUUGGUGGUCGGGGCGAGCGAUCAGGUGAGCGAACUGACGAAGAUGCGGGGUGGGGAGGUGAAUUUCGUGGACGACUAUCGAGUGACGGAUGAGGCGGCGAUGGAGGCGGCGAUGGAGGCGAACGGGAAGAAUCAAGUGCUCGUGCAAGCGCUCUUGAGUCGAGCGCCGACGAUAAGUAUAACGAGAAGACAUAGAGACGGCGAUGAAGACGGCGCGGGUGAACGUGGAAUGGCUUCGAACGGGGCGAACGUGGUGGCGACAAGCGGCAAUUACAUAUUUGCCAAACGCAUGGGGACGGUGAACGGAACAGAUUUUCAGCGUACGGGUGAGGUCACCAGAGUCGAUGCGAAAGGGAUAAAGAAAAAACUGUCUCAAGGCGAUAUCGUGUUGCUGAGUUCGCUCGGAUUUAAUGCCGCUGGAGAGGUUUUGAACUGUCAGUCUUUCGACGUGGCGUUGGCGACGGCGAUUGAUCUCAAAGCAGACAAGUUAAUCGUGAUGACGGAUCCUUCGCACAUGCCGUACGAAGGAAACGAUAGCGCCGAGCGUGUGCCACGCUAUUUACCCCUACGCUCGGCAGAGGCGUAUUUAGCGAAAAUAUACGGCACAAAAGACUUGAACGGCGGCGGCGGUGUCAAUGGUGCCAACGGCGUCGCGAAUUGGAGGUGGUUACAAAUGGAAUACUCUAUCGACGGCUCCGGGACGAACAAAGGUGACGAGCAAAUCGUGAGCGCGUAUUCGAAUGACGAGCGCGAGCAUCUAUUCGAUAGCAUACGAGGCGUCAACGAACGUAUCUCGCGCUUUGAAGAAUUGAUGGAGCGCGGGUUAAGUUGGCGCGUGCCGCACUGCCCGCAAGAGCUCUGUCUGGCCGCUUUUGCGUGUAAGGCGGGCGUGCGGCGUACACACUUAGUCGAUCCGACGGUGUCUGGAUCACUUCUAGUCGAGCUCUACACUCGUGAUGGUAUUGGAUGCAUGGUGGCGCGAGAUCGCUACGAAGGCACGCGGAUCGCGACGAUGGCUGAUUGGGAAUCAAUCAAGCGCAUCCUUGAACCUCUCGUCGCGAACGGUGCAGUCAUUGCACGCUCGGACGAACAGUUGAUUGACGAAGUGUGCAAGAACUAUUUUCACGUCACCGAGCGCGAUGGUAAGGUAAUCGCGUGCUGUGCGCUGAAACCGUGCGGCAACGCCCCGGACGCGCACGAAGUCGCGGCGUUUGCGGUGUCUCCAGAGUAUCGCCGAGGCGGGAGAGGCGAUGCGUUGCUGGAGUACGCCGAAAACUACGCCUGCGAAACGCUUGCAACGUCGCGUCUUUUCCUGCUCACGACCCGCACCGCAGACUGGUUUGUUCAGCGAGGAUUCGAA